GACUCAUAACGAACCUCCAAUUUUGGCGCAAACGGAGCAAGCCCAAAAUCACCGUUUUCAUUGAGACAGACAGGAGUCGCUUCGUUGAACUGUUUUGCUCUCUUUAACACGUGGAGGCGACAGUGGAUGGGACAUGGUUUUGCAACAUCGAAGGGGAAAAUGACUUGUUUACUGAGGCGUCGUGUGAUUGAGAUUUUUCCACAGUUUUGACGCGCCCGUCGUGCGCAGGGACUGUUAAUGGCGCUCAUUAUCAUUUGACUGUAUUCAUGUGAGAGAGAGAGAGAAAGAGAGAGAGAGAGAGAGAGAGAAUCUAAUAUCUACUCGACUCAUGGAGUGUGCGUCUGAGAGCAAUGGUCUGUAAAGUUGGGUGGAAAUAUGAACGCGCCUCACAACCAAUUUCCCCCCUCAAAUAGAUAAGCGACGAGACUACUCUGUUUGCUUUGACAGGCAGACAAUCAGCACAUCUACUACUCCGAAAUGUAUGUUUAUGUUUUAUUAUGGGCGGUAAGGUAGGAGAAUUGAGUUGAAUUUGGCGCGGAGCGCGUGGGAGGCAUUGGCAAGUACAGUCUCAAUUCCGCGCUGAGAUGUUAAGGAGCGUACACGCGCUCGACAGUUUACCAUGAUGUCUCGAGUUCAGUCGAUGCUGUCGCAGAGGAAUCUCCAUCCAAAAUAGAUCUCAUCCCCGUUAUCGACGUUUAAACGACUGAAUACGGCGUGUUGCUGUUGUUUUCUCCAAAAGGAUGCGAUAUUGACGGAAUCCCCCCUCAGAGGAGGCACGCGGACCUGUUCCACAAGCUCCACUGCGGAAAGCGCUCGAGACUCAGAAAUAAAUAACAGAAAUAUUAGGGUGAAGAAGCUAUGUGUGUCGACUGAUUGACUGAACGUAUUUUUUCUUCGCUUUUUUGGUGAAUCUCUGUGUGGAAUGGACACGGUAAACACAAGGGCACUGGUGGAAUUACGCCGUUGAGAGCGCUGAACUUGACGGAUUUGUUUAUAAAGAAACAGCAAGGUUAUACGACGAAGAGUGAGGACAAGGUGUCAUUCUUGACUGGCAUUUUGGAAAUGUAUUGCGAGGAUUUUAGAACACUGAACACUUAAGCUCCUGUCAAGGUGGUUCGCCGAAGGUCUGAGGAAAAAAUGCGCCGAGAAACGCGCCUUCUCUGUGAGGAAAUCUUGGUGGAUAACAUUCAGAAGACAUCGGUCAGUUUCACAGAUGGCACAUUUCAACCCCGACGAGUCUUCUUCACUGACACCUCGUGACACGCAAGGGGCUGAAGCCAGGAAUGAUGGGAGCUGUAGUCCGCUUGAUGGUCUUAUGGGCUUUGCUGGGCGGGUCACAGGCCGCAGAGAAGCCUCCAUCCCUGAGCAUAGCUGUGAUAUUGGGCCAAACUCCUACAGUGUCCGAAUCAGCCCUGCGUCCGGCUCGUGGGAUUGGUGCACCUCUAGAUGUGACUGUACUCAGCAUCCAGGUGAAUCAGACGGACCCAGGGAGCAUGCUCACACACCUGUGUGAGCUCAUGUCCCGACAGAGACUGCAUGGACUGGUCUAUGGAGAUGGCACAGACCAGGAAGCCGUGGCACAGAUGCUGGACUUUGUUUCCUCUCAGACUUCCAUGCCCAUACUGGGAAUCCACGGCGGCUCUGCCAUGACUAUGGCCGAAAAGGUAAGCAUGUAUUCCUCCCUGUCCCUGGCUGGAUGUGUCUACUUUGUCAUCCCUUUUACCUAGAAACUAAACUGCAACC